AGUAGACAAAGCUGCCAUGUGUUUUGAACAGACUGAGUUAGAUAUUGUAACUUUCGUAGCCAAGGACAUGUACUUGCAAGCAGAAGGUAAGAGGUUCAGUUCUCUGGGGGAGCUUUUCUGCUCUUGAUAAUGCAGAAAAUGAGCCCUGAAUACAAAGUUUUUGCACCCUGAGUAUGAUGUAUAUUUGUGGAAUUCUCUAUAGUCCUAAAUGCUUUGUCCUUCCGUAUGGAUAAGUCCUGAUAUCAAUGAACCGAUCUCCUGGAACAUGUCAUACGUGUGACAGACAUCACACUAAAGCUGUACUCUGUCUUAGUAUCUGUCAGUCUUAGUAUCUGUCAGUCUUAGUAUCUGUCAGUCUUAGUAUCUGUCAGUCUUAGUAUCUGUCAGUCUUAGUUUACAUCUAGGGGUAUUGGCAAAAAAAUGUCAUUUUAUACUGCUUUGACAGCUUGGUUCAGGUUUAAUCCACUGAGGUUUCAGUCUUCAGGUGUCGCUCAGGCUCACUACGCCAUGUGGUCGCAUUUCUCAGAGUUGUUAAGGAACCGCGCUCAUGAUUCGGACGUGGAUAGAGAUGAAUGCAGUGAUACGUGAUGUUGAUGUGUCACCUCACACUGCUAGCCCCUCUCAAACCGCACAAGCUUCACGCUAAGGUCACGCACGGGCGCCGGGCGCCACUUCUGCUCUUUCGCGGUCCCGGCCUUCCACGCCAGACCUCCCGCCAUUCCCUGGUGUUUUCCAUGUCUUGAGUUCGGAGCUCGUCUGAAUUGCAGUGUGGUGUUUCCACAUCCAACACACAUGAGAUCAUUCACUGAGCAACACUUCUGCCAGCUACAGGGUCUCCGGGGGAAGGGUUAUGUUUCUUGACAAGAUGGAAGUAAAUCAGAAUUCUCGUCGGUGGGCUGUGAUGUGGUUCCCACUGGGCUUUUCCUCUUUUUUUGUUUUUGUUUUCCCUAUCCCUGACUGCUAUACUACUAGCACCAGAAUGAAUACUGUCCAAUUUGUCCUUCAUAGUAGCCUUUUUGUCUUGCGUCCUGUAGAUGUGGUUUCUAGGUGGACCACGGUCCGGCCUCUCGUCUGCCCGGGCUCUUUGUUGGCUUGUGUGGAAGGCUGAAGGCCCACUUUGACAUGUUAGGCCAGCCCAAGAUGAGGCAUGCAAUACUCACAUAAAUUCACGAUCCUCUACAAGUUAGUACAGAUGCUCUCUGGGUUACGAAGGUACGUGUUACCAUAUUUCGACUUGACAGGUAUAAUUAUUCAUGACAGGUAUGAUUAUUAAGUAAAUUACGAGAUAUCCAACACUUUAUUAUAAAAUAGGCUUUGUGUUAAUAAUUUUGCCGAACUGUAGGUUAAUGUAAGUGUUUAAAGAAUGUUUAAGGUAGGCUAGGCUAUGAUGUUUGUUAGGUAGGUAUACUGUUUUAAAAUGCAUUUUCAUUUACCAUAUUUUUUUACUGGAAUGUAACCCCAUUGUAACCCCUGGAGUGUCUCCAUAUGUGUUGUACAUUGAAAAGAUUUAGAAAUUUUUAAGCCGUCUAAGUUGUGAGUUGAAUUCCUGCCCCAGUUCUGUGUCACCUUACAUUGGAUAAGCAUUUAUGGAAAAUGGAUGGAUUUUAAGAAAUGUGUCUCCUCCUUCAGUUGCCUUUGAGUUUUCCAAACACUCUUUCAUCCGUUGCCCCCCAUUUCUGUCGUCGUCCUUUUUUGUCAGUUCAGAUGCUGCAUUUAUGUUCUUUUGUGUUACAGCACUCUGCUUAGUGUGCAGAGUUCAGCUGUGACACCGGGCAGAUAGAUGUUUAUCGCCUGGCCCAAAAGCCUUUCCGCUGUUGCUUUCUCUGGGUCAUUAGCGCGGCCGACUUCCUUAAAUGCACCAAGAUAUUUUAUUGUGAGUCUUUACUGUUCAACUCUGCCUUGCUUCUUAGAAUGGAGGUCUGUGUCGUCCUCCGAAGUGCUUGGCUGCCAGAAGUAGGGACUGAUUUCCAAAAUGUGGAAGUAAAUCCUCCCCCUUUUCGUGCCUCUCGCUGCUCAAACCUCAGAACUGCGAAGUUUCCCCAAUGAGAUUCUCUCAUUUGUGUACAAUACGCAGGGUCCGAUGGGUAUGAUAUUACUUUCCUGCAGAUUGGAAAGUUCAGGAAAAAGAUACAAAUUUGUAUCAGCACAUUUUCUCCCUUUACUUGAUCUAUGUGUUAACCACUUCCUGUGAAAUACAGGCCAACACAUCCAGGUCCCACCGCUACCAAACUUUAAGUCCCACAAACUAAUCUUGCUUACCGAUCUCCUUAUCUCCCACCCUCAACUUAUCUGUAAAAUAUAAUUGUCAUGUGCCGUAUUUUCCUGUUCCAGACCUUUGUGCUAUUCAAUUUUCUAUCUAGUACUAUAUUUUCUUCAUUGUUUUAAAUGACGUUUGUAAAAUUCACAGAACUGAUGACCACCAAAUUCACACCAUGGUACACUUGAAUAUAGAUACCACUUUGAAUUUCUUGGGUUUUUUUUUAAAGCAGCUUAACAGACAUUUCCCCUCACAGCUGGGAUAGAUGAUAGAAUGAUCAAAAAUGUACCAUUCCCAAAUGAUCUUUUCAUAAACAACUACAGGAGGUUGAUAAAAGAAACGGCAAAUGAUACAUUACUACCAGGGACCUGAUAUGGGGUAUGACCACCCUUUGCCUUCAAAACAGUCUCAGUCACUCUUGGAAAGCUGAUGUCCAGAACUGUGUGUGAUGUGAUAUUAUGGAAAAAAAAGACUCCACUUCUUUAAGGGGUGAAGGAAAUGUGCAUCAAACUGCAAUCCUGAAAUUCUCACAUAUAUUGAGUUUUUUUUUUGUCUGAUGCACUUGCAAUUUAUACACAGGCUGUUUGGCUUCUUGCUAACUAUCAGACCUUUUCCAUAGCUGAUACAGCUAAUUCUCACUCCACUUAAUGCGUCUUUUUAGCUUAGGCAGUAGUGUUUGUAUUAGUGAUUUUGUUUGCCCAAAAAGUUUCACUAACUGAAAAUGGUCAUAGUUGAUUAAAAAAAAGUCACAAAACAUGGAUGGGUAAUUAACAGAGUUUACAUAUCACCGAGAAUCAUCUGAACGUGAAUCGCCCUAUUCAAGGAGUUUAACAAUGCUAUAUGACUUACGAUCUUUUUAAUCACUGAGAUCUUACAAUAAUUAUCACACGUUCGUUGUAACUAUUGUGAUAGGUGAUGCAUGCCAUCUAAUCAGAUGUUUUAAAAAGCUUGACUGCUCCAGCAGCCCAGCUCUAACAACCACCUACCACGCAGCGCUACGGCCGUGACGCACUUCCGAUUCCUUAACCGGAAAUUAUUCCCGCCCCCUGUGCAACACCAAAACACUUCCGCACAGUUUUCAGGCAAGUGCGUUUCUCUUGUCCUUAUCACCAUUGCAUUUAGUACUUUAGUGUAAUAAUAUUUCACCAGAUCGACAUCAAAGAAACUCAGGAAACAAUAUUAGCUCGGGCACAGAGUGACGUAUAUUAGAGAACUUUCCACCGCUAUUAUUGUUCACCCGGCGCUCUGCAACAUGCCCGCCCUGCUGGAGAGACCGAAGCUGUCCAACGCCAUGGCCCGGGCGCUGCACAAGCAUAUUAUGAGAGAGAGGGAACGCAAGAGGCAGGAGGAGGAGGAGGUGGAUAAGAUGAUGGAACAGAAACUGAAGGAAGAGGAAGAGAGGAAGAGGAAAAAAGAAAUGGAGGAGAGGAUGUCCCUAGAGGAGACUAAGGAGCAGAUCAUGAAGAUGGAGGAAAAGCUACAGGGCCUGCAGGAGGAGAAGCACCAGCUGUUCCUGCAGCUGAAGAAGGUGCUCCACGAGGAGGAGAAGCGGCGUAGGAAGGAGCAGAGUGACAUGACGACGCUGACCCCGACCACCUACCAGCCCAGCAUGGCUAUGCACUCAGGGCAGCACCUUCUCAGCAUCCAAGGCAGCUCAGCCAAUCACGGCCGCUCGGCCGCUCUGCUUGGGGACCGCAGUAAGCAGCUGUUCCAGUCAUCGGUUCUUCCUGCCCAGGCUGGCUUCGGCGCCAGCAGCUCAGAGCAUGGACAGUACCCAUCCGGACAGGCGGCACACGGGCCGUACGGGGUGAGCCAGACCCAGCACGUGCCUUCCUACGCCCCUGGGCAGUCCGUCCCCGCCAGCUACACCGGAGGCUCCCAGCUCAGAGGUGCCGCGGCCUUCCAGGCUGUGCAGUAUCUCCCUCACCAGCCGCAGGCCUACGCCAUGCAUGGCCACUUCCCCUCACAGUCGGGCUUCAUCCCCAGUGCCAGCAUCCCCCUGCAGAAGCAGCUGGAACAUGCCAACCAGCAGUCCGGCUUCACCGACUCGAGUACCCUGCGGCCCCUGCACCCACAGGCCCUCCACCCCAGCACUGCAGGCCUGAUGCCCAGCGGCUCCAUCGCGGUGCAGAUCCCUCCAGCAAAGUCCAGCCUGCCUUACGCCCACCCCCCACGCCCAGCCUCCCCCGGGGGUUUCAGUCACGGGACACCCCCCCAGCAAACGCACUCGGCUACUUUCCAGGGUUCACCUCAGCCUGCACCUCGCCACGCCUACCUCUCCCACAGCCAAUCAGCACAGAGGUUCUAUCACCACAGCAAGUAAUCAAUUGACCUAUGAGGGAGAAGGCAGCCGAGCCGUCGUCCAUCUACAGAGGGCGUGGCUGAACGGCCGAUUGGCAGAGUUAAAGUGCCGCUUUCCAUGUUUCCGCUUCAAGCAGUGAUGAGGGCUAAGGGUGACAAUGGACGGAGGUCUGAUCUGAGGUCAGAUCCCUGCUCAGCUUUCUUGUAUGAAGUUCACAAGUUCCAUGUUGGCUGGUGUGUAAAUACUAAUAGUACAUAUUGCUGUAUUUUUAGGAUUUUAAAGAUGAGAACACUUAAGUUUUCUGAAAAUUGGCAAGGAUUUCUUAACUUUUGUGUGUAAAUAGAAAUCUAUAGAAUGUAUGACUUUCUUCCAUGCAGUUACACGGUAACAUCACUGAGCAACCUGUCAGAGGCUUUAUUUGGAAUAUAAUCUACAUUUUGUAUUAUGUGAAUUCAGACUCCACUAGACAACAGACUCCACUGGUAAAGUUUGUUUAUUUUCAGUCUGAGAUUAAACAGAUGUGCAUCCUACAAAAAUAAAAGAAUCGCGUAACAAAA